AUGCUUAUCAGUAGAAAAAUAUUUUUUAAAGAAUAUAUUUUUAAAAAGCUAUUUUUUAAGAAAUUAUAUCAGAAAUACAAUAUUUAUCCUUCUUUUAAUGAAUAUUUUUUGUUUUCUACUUUUUUUCAGGGAAAAACCUGUUUAAUUUCUGGUGGUUCAAGAGGAAUUGGUCUAGGAAUUGCACAAAGGUUUGCAAAAGAAGGGAAUCGUUGUAUUUUAGUUUCAAAGAAUAAGGAUCGCUUAAAAGAAGCCCUUUCUACGCUUCCUUUUCAAAAUAUUCACGAAUAUUAUUCUUUGGAUGUUAAAGAUCCAGAUGAAUGGAUCCAACUUGCUAAAAAAAUUGAUAAGUUAGAUGUACUUGUAAAUGCAGCAGGUAAGGUGUUUUCAUUUGCUUUGUGGGUUUUAAAAUGCCAAGGUAUAUCUCAACACAUGUUAUUCCCAAGAAUGCCCAUGGAUGAAAUUGCAAAUAUUGUUUCAACCAAUCUUUUAGGGUCAAUUUACGCAUGCCGUGUAUUUCUUCGUCAUUUUCUUAAUAAUAAAGGCGGCUCUAUUAUUAAUAUUUCUUCUUCUAUAAUAUUGGGUGGAGGUGUUGGUGCUACUGUUUAUGCCGCUUCAAAGGCAGGAAUAUCAGGAUUCACAAAAGCAUUAUCAGCAGAAUGGGCAUCUAAAGGAAUUAGAGUGAACGCAAUUUCACCAGGAUAUGUUGAUACAUUUAUGUUAAGCCAACUGAAUGAAAAAAAACGAAAAGUAGCAGAAUCUUCUAAUCAUAUAAAAAGAUUUGGAAAUAUAGAAGAAAUUGCAUCUGCUGCUGUUUUUCUUGUAUGCAAUGAAUUUAUAACAGGAACUACAUUAUAUAUAGAUGGUGGUAUGUAA